CUACACCUUCCUUUGUCUCAUGCCCUUCUGCACACUUCUCACACCUACAAACCUUCCUCCUACACAAUGCUCACACAUGGCCUCCUCCGUAUUCAAAGUAUACUUCUCCUUAUGCUAAUACUGCCCUUCUCCUGACAUACAUCUUGCUCUUGCCUUAUACGCAAAUGCUUUCCACAUUCAUAUUCCUUUAUCUAACACUUGAAACAUGUGACAGUGGAAUGGUGACGUAAAUAUUCAGCGACGCUCUACGGUUUGUGUACAAUUUCAAGCUUAACGGUUGGGUUACGUUUAGGACAACUGCAUCAAAUGUGUCUUUGUUUUGUCUUAUAAUCGUGAGAAUUCCCUCGAUCCUCUAUUUACUCAAGUCUAUCUGCACAUCUCUGUUGAUGGAUACUGGCAUAGUUGUUUUUGCACUAACAUAAAGGAAUUUUAAAUGAUAGUUUUCAGAGAGAGUACAUGUCUCUCUUGGCCAGCUUUUACAGUUGAUGAACGCCUGCUCCAGGACUUUAGCUGUAGGCUACCUGGUAUGAAUGAAUAAUAUAUUAUGUAAACGAAUGCACAUUACAGUGAAUGUUGAUCUCAGUAUGUCCCUGCACAAGAUGGUCUCCUAGCGCCCCUAUUUUUUUAUGUGCCACUUAGUUGUAGCCUGUGAACAUAUGCCUUAUGCUGCCCCAACUGAAAGAUUAGUUAGUUGUCAGGCAGAUAUUGCUCGUCCCCAACAAUGGUGUGGUACGGCCAGCCAUCUGUCGCUGUGUGAAUGGAACUGUCAGUUGGUCCGUCUGUAAACCAGGCCUGACUCAUGACUGAGUACUACGAGGAGGGGGGCCUGCUGUACGAGCACUCACCUCCCAUGCACAUCAAAGUGGAGUCUCCGGAGGGACCCUUCGGAGGGGGCGUCUCAGAGGACGGCUUUCCCAGGGAGGAUGAGGACUCGGAAGGCAGCUGCGACCAAAGCAGUGGGCUGCCUGGUGGACUCCCCUUCAACGUGGUGGUGGUGCAUCCUAACAUCAUGACCCCUGGCAUGUCCUCAGAUGACCUCCUAUCCAUGGAACAGCACAGAGGUAUGUCCUCUGUGUUGGCAGCAGGGGGUGCAGGCAAGAGGAAGAGUCGUUUUAGCGGUGCAGAGCUGGAGGUGCUGGUUUCUGAGGUGACGCGGUGUGAGGGAGAGCUUUUUGGUCCUGCUGGGAGGCUCCGGCGCAGGGAGAGAGAGAGGAUCUGGGCAGGGAUCCUGGAGCGGGUCAACGCUGUGUCCAGAGUCCCUCGCACCCUCCGCGAGGUCAAGAAGCGCUGGGACGACCUGAAGAGACGCAAUGGAGGCAGACUGGCAGACGCUAGGCACCGAACUUGUUACCUGCCAUCUAAUAGAGGGGCUUCCAUGCUGGAAAGGUCAGCUCAGGCAAGCCCCAGGCUUCACCAGGCCAGACAGAAGCAAAGCACCAGAGGGAAGGCCAGUUUCACGUGCUUCACUGAUACAGAACCAGUGGGUGGAGGUGAAGGGUCGGAGAGGGAUGGCUUUGAGAAGGAUGAGGAUAGUGGUGAGCGGGAAGGGGAGGUGGGAGAGGCGGAAUGCGAGGGGGCAGAGAGCAGUAUGGAGGAAAAGCUGGGUUUAGGACUGGGAAUAGGGCCUCCCCCUAACUCGGAACGCUGGCUGCCUCCAUCUCCCCUCUACAGCGCCCCUUUCCUCAAUGGGACCCCUCAGCCUAGUCCCCAGCCCUCACUAGGGGCCCAGCAGGGACCCCUGGAGGCCCCUCCUCGCGGCUCAUGGCUGGAGGACGAGCUCCGCGGCAUGGGGGAGGCAGCUCUGCAGCUGGGGGAUCGGGUGGAGCAGAGUCUUCGGGAGUUUGGGGAGGGAUUCAGACGUGAAAUGAGAACAUUAGUGGCCUCUCAAGAGGCACUGGCAACCAGCCUACAGCAAAACAAUGUUCUCCUGCAAAGGCUGCUGGGAGUCCUAGAGGCACAGCAGCAGCAGCAACAACAACAACAACAACCACCACAGCAGCAGCCACAUCAGUCCCAAAAACAACAGCCACAACAGUCAAUAACGCAGCAACCACAACAGUUACAGCAGCAGCAACCACAGCCUCAACAACCGAUUCAGCCGCAACAACAGAUACAACCACAACAGCAACAACUGUUACUACAGCAACCCCAACUGGUGCAGCAACAACCGCUACCACAGCAACCGCAACACCCCCAGAGUCCAAGUAAUCAACCAACUUUAGCAGUUGCCCCUGUACCACCACCCCCAGAUAUUCUUGAUGGUACCACCCGUCCAGAUCCACCCGCAGUCAUUAAUGGAAUCGUCCAACGGCCAAGGCGGGGGAGAAUUGUUGAUCAUAGACGAAGAAGAAGGCGUUAGAUAAAGAGAUGUAAAUAAGCUUUGAUGUACUUUAUUUAUUUUCUCUUAUACAAUCUAAUUUGAAAUAAUUGUGUCCCUCCAAUUUCAACCAAAGUUGAAAAAGUUGUUUCAUGAGUACAUUUGUUAUGUAAAGUAUUCAGACCCCUUGACUUUUUCCACAUUUUGUUACGUUACAGCCUUAUUCUAAAAUUGAUUAAAUUAAUGUUUUUCCUCAUCAAUCUACACAUAAUACACCAUAAUGACAAAGCGAAAACAGGUUUUAAGAAAUGUUUAUAAGUAUUUAGACCCUUUGCUAUGAGACUUGAAAUUGAGAUCAGGUGCAUCCUUUUUCC